AUGUUUAAAUUGAUAAUUGUUGCUUUAUUUGUUCAUGAAAUUGCGGCUUUUUGCCCAAAUGGAUGGUUCGAGGUGCCACAGGAGAAUAGUUGUUUACGAGUCGAAGAUCAAGAAACCUCAUACACUCAAGCGAUUCGCUCCUGUGAGAAAUCGGGAGGUGACAUUGUCAAGAUCACAGACGCUUUCUUUAACGCCCUUGUCACAGCUCAAGGACUUUCUGCUCUGAACAAUCGUCUGAUUUACAUCGGUGUCGAGAAGUUGCCCGAUGGAACUUGGAUCUACGCUGAUGGCUCCUUUCUAAGCUAUCAGAAAUGGAAAUCAGGUGAACCAAAUAGCGCGUACGGUUGUGCGGUGCUUGAUCCAAGGUCGGGAAGUUGGCAAUCACAGAGCUGUGACACGGCGUCACCGUAUGUUUGCCAGAUGCCAGUGCAAGCCAACCCAACUGGACCAUCGACAACGACAGCCCCCAAUUGCAAAGACGGAUGGAAAGCAUUCAACGGAUAUUGUUAUUUUGUGCAAAAUUUCACUCUUGGUAGUGAUGGCCUCUGGGCUUCGUGGACUCCAGAUGACGCUCAAGAGCAAUGCCAAAUGCGAGCUUCAAGUUUAGCCUCAAUACAUUCCGAUGCAGAAAACAGCUUUGUUAAUGACUUAGUGGCCUCGUAUAACGUUUUGGAUCAAACGCAGCACGUACCGAGCGGGACGGGAUCCUGUGGGUACGCUGAGGCGUGGAUUGGAUUACGAGCCUACCCUGACAACACAACUUCAUGGGUGGAUGGGACUCCAGUUGACUAUUCACAUCACGUCUAUUUUCCAAUCAACGACGAGACAAUGGCUUUUGGGAUUCUGAACGACAAAUCUUGCUAUACCGAUUGGAACUAUUGGAGUCUCGUCAAGUUAUCGGCGCGUUUCGUUUGCAAGAUGAAACCAUUU